CAACUAGUGAUGCGUUAAAUUUAUUUUUAUUUAUUCGACGAUAAUAGUAUCAAUUUGGUGCCGACGAUAAAGACCAUUGAAAAAAUGUGGUUGAAAUACAGUUGGAACGAUUGAUUUUUAUUGAUUCACCGCAAGUUUUAUUAAUAAUAACAAGCUAUUAUUAGGUAGUUGUCAGCAAAGACUUAUUCAGACUGAAGAGGGGGGCCGAUUCAAGAAAUUGUUUGAACCGUUUUGAUCAAAGCAGAGUGAAAAUUGUUGUGAAUUUUUAGUCAGUAAUUGAAAAAUACUAGACCACCUGGCACCGAAUGUGUAUGGGAAAUAAAUGUGAAUGAGGUGGUGAACGGUGAUCAAUAGUCAAUUCGAUCGAAAUUAGAUGUGAGCCCGUGACUUGAUUGGAAGACGUGUAUUUAUUGAGUAAGUAUAAGAUAAAAUUCAUCGCCCACAACCAUGAAUCGGAACAAAGAAAGAAAGUCACGGGACCCAAAUCCAGUUUCAAAGGCUUCAAUUCUAUCAAAACUUACGUUUUGGUGGCUGAAGCCAAUGCUUACAAUUGGAAUGAAGCGUGCCAUUGAAGAAGACGAUAUUUAUGCUGUAACAAAUAGCAUGAGAAGCGAUACAAAUACAGAGGCUUUUGCACAGCUAUGGCAAUUAGAAUUGAAGAAAAAGAAACCAAGCAUUCUACGAGUUAUGCUUAAAUUACACGGGUUUAAGGUUAUAUCACUUGGUAUGCUGUUCUCAUUUGGAGAAACGUUAGCUAGAGUAAUUCAGCCAAUUUGCCUAGGAGGCUUGGUCGGCUACUUUGCACAAACCGAAGAAAUUAACAUAACACUAAACGAUGCAUAUUGGUAUGCAACGGGAAUUGUAUUGUCAACUGCUUUCAUGACAAUCACAUUUCAUCCAUUCAUUUUGUUCAUAUUUAAAACGGCUUGUAAAGCUCGUGUCGCAUGCAGCGGAUUGAUUUACCAAAAAACGUUGCGACUUUCAAAGUCACUGACCGAAGAAGGCCAGAAUGGUAAAAUCAUCAAUUUGCUAUCAAGCGAUUUGGCAAAAUUUGAUAUUGGACUGGCUUUUUUACACGACACAUGGAAGGGGCCUUUGGAAGCUAUCGUUUUUUUUCUCGUGAUUUACAUAGAAAUUGGCAUAUCGGCCGUAUUUGGAAUGGCAUUUUUGGCCAGUUUCAUACCAUUACAAGCUUGGAUCGGUCGUCGAUCAGCGCAACUACGUAUGAAAAAUACCCUACGCACGGAUUUCCGUGUGAAAAUCAUGAACGAAAUUCUACUAGGCAUUCAAGUCAUUAAGAUGUACGCUUGGGAAAAAUCGUUCGCUAAAAUGGUCGAUCAAAUUAGAAAAAAAGAAGUAAAUGUGAUCCGUUCAAUUGCCUACAUUCGGGCGACUAUCAAUUCAUUCACAAUGAUAUCAAAGGUGUCGAUAUUUUUGAGUUUGGUUUCAUACAUUUAUUACGGCAAUGCAAUUACGGCGCGAAAAGUUUUUAUCGUUUCAUCAUAUUUUAAUAUUUUGAAUUUAUCUAUGGUCUAUUUUUGGCCAAUGGCAUUAACACACACUGCUGAGGCGUACAUAUCAAUAAAACGUGUACAAGAGUUCCUUCUUCGGCCCGAGUCCAAACGCCCAGAAAAGCCAAAUUAUAAAAAUAGUAACAUACUCAAUGGUGGCAUCGCUUCCAAAACCAAUGGUUUCCCAGUGUUUGAUAAGUCCAAUCAAAAAAAUUCCGAUGCGAUUGCAGACCAAGAGAAUGGAGUAGCUACUAUUGCCUACACUCAACAAUUGAAUGAAACACCAUGUAAACGUGUUCAGUCUAUAGACGGUGCUGAAAAGUUUAUUCGAUUUGAGAACGCGUCGGCGGUGUGGGAACUGAGCGAAACUCGUCAAAUGAACGGAAUAUUUGAGAUGAGUCUCGAGAUCAAGCCGGGGCUGUGCGCGAUUGUUGGUCAAGUUGGAUCGAGCAAAUCGACGUUGUUGAACGUAAUUUUGGGCGAAUUGACACUGGACGCUGGUUCGAUGGAGGUCAGCGGUUCAAUUAGCUAUGCGUCACAAGAAGUCUGGAUUUUCGAAGGAUCCGUUCGUGAUAAUAUAGUUUUUGUUGAAGAUUUCGAUGAACAACGAUACAAUAAGGUGGUAGAAGUAUGUGCAUUAGAACGUGAUUUUAAAUUACUACCUCAAGGAGAUGCAACAAUUGUCGGUGAACAAGGAUCUUCAUUGAGCGGAGGACAAAAGGCUCGUGUAAAUUUGGCUCGUGCAAUUUAUAAAAAAUCCGAUAUUUAUUUACUUGAUGAUCCAUUGUCAGCGGUUGACACACAUGUGGGGAAACAUAUCUUUGAGAAAUGUAUAAAAGGAUUUUUGGCGGACAAAAUUUGCGUACUAGUCACACAUCAAUUGCAGUAUUUGAAAAAUGUACAACAUGUCGUUUUGUUGAAUGGUGGAAAAAUUGAAGCACAAGGACCGUUCCAAACGUUACAACGAUUUAAUAAGAAAUCAUUGAUGCAUGCACAAGAAGAAGGCGAUCAAAAUGCCAUUGACACCUUCCAGAAUCGGAUCCGUAAACAUUCAUCAUCAUCAUCAUUUUGCAACGAAGAAGUUGAAGACGAUCCAAAUCAACGCAAAGAGAACCAAGUAAUUGGUUCCAUUAAAUUCCGUACUUACAAAACAUUUUUUAAGGCUGCCCAGAGUAAUAUCUUCGUUAUCAUCGUAUUCAUACUAUUUAUUGUGGCACAAUGUGCCUGGAGUGGUGCCGAUUUCUUUUUGUCAGAAUGGGUGAAUUGGGAGGAAAAAAUCAUAAAAAAUAACGAAACCAAAGUGCCUUUACAAAGAACUACAUCAAACGAAUCAUCAAUCAAGGAAAAUCGUGAAUUUCUCAUUAUGAUGUAUACCAGCAUCAUGGUGAUUGGUACCAUCUGCUACUUAUGUCGUUCGUUUUCCUUCUACCGAAUGUGCUUACGAAUUUCCAUCAACUUACACGAUAUGAUUUUCCGUGGAAUUUCACGAGCAAAAAUGAUUUUUUUCAAUAACAACCCCAGUGGACGAAUACUUAAUCGCUUCGCAAGAGAUAUAAACAAUGUGGACUCCUUGCUGCCAAAUAUCAUUGUUGACGUUCUUGAUUGCUUUUUGCAAUACGUUGCUAUAAUUGUGAUAAAUGGAAUAGUGAAUCCGUGGCUGUUGAUUCCAGCCGUAAUAAUGACCUUCUUGUUUUAUAUCAUGCGUUUAAUUUAUAUCAAUGCUGGACGUAGUUUCAAGAGGAUUGAAGCACUGAGUCGAAGUCCAAUAUUCUCUCAUAUGAAUGCAACGCUUCAAGGACUGUCAACGGUUCGUGCUUUCAACGCGAGCAAAAUUCUGGAGAAGGAAUUUCACGAGUUUCAAGACUACAACACAUCAUGUUGGUAUCUCUUCAUUUGUUCAUCGCGAUGGUUUGCACUCUGGCUGGACGUUGUGUGCCUUCUAUUCGUCACGUUUGUCACGUAUAGCUUUUUAUUGCUUUCAAAUUACACCGAAAGUGGAAAAGUUGGUUUGGCCAUAUUAAGCAGUAUUAAUUUAAUUGGAACAUGUCAAUGGGGAAUGCGCCAGAAUGCCGAAUUAGAAAAUCAAAUGACAUCGGUGGAAAGAAUAGCCGAAUACGCUGAAUUGCCACCGGAGCCACCUCUUGAGUCAGACGAACAAAAUGCACCACCAAAAGAUUGGCCAUAUUAUGGAAACAUCGAAUUCAAAUCGUUAAGCUUGCGUUAUGCAGAAAAUUCUGGUCGAAUUCUGCGAAAUUUGACAUUCCGCAUCAAUGCCAAGGAAAAGGUUGGUGUGGUCGGUCGUACGGGAGCUGGAAAAAGUUCGAUAAUUCAAUCGCUCUUCCGUUUGGCCCAAAACGAGGGUCAAAUACUGAUCGAUGGCAUUGACAUUGGCGUGAUUGGUUUGCAUGAUUUGCGAAAGAAAAUUUCGAUAAUUCCACAAGAAGCAGUUCUAUUCUCCGGCAGUCUUCGAUUCAAUUUGGAUCCGUUUGAAGAACGAACCGAUGAUGAGCUAUGGAAUUCACUCGAACAAGUGGAGUUGAAAUCGGUAAUCGCGUCAUUGCCCGGCGGCAUUGACUGUAAGGUAUUAGACGGGGGAUCAAAUUUCAGCGCUGGCCAACGUCAACUACUCUGUUUGGCACGGGCCAUUCUUCGAAAUAAUCGCAUUUUGAUUUUGGACGAAGCCACCGCAAACGUUGACUCAGAAACAGAUCGACUGAUUCAAGAAACCAUACGCAAUAAAUUCGCCGAUUGUACGGUCAUUACGAUCGCACAUCGAUUGCAUACGGUCAUGGACAGUGAUAAGAUACUUGUCGUUGAUGCCGGAGAAAUUAUGGAAUUUGGUCAUCCAUUUGAAUUGAUACAGAAAUCAGACGGUUUCUUUAAACGAUUACUCGAUCAAACAGGCAGCUCAACAGCGACAGCUCUGACACUGGUCGCCAAAGAGAGCUACGACAAAUGCCAUGCAAAACAAGAAUGAAACGACUUCAAGUGGAGGGGUCAGGCCAUGACUUCACAGCAGUUUAAACAUACUCGUCAAUUUCAAAAUCUGAUUCAUUUACUUAAUUUAGAAUAAGGUCUUUUAAGACGGCGUAUCAUUUUGCGGAUAUUUUGUGAUUAUUUUGUAUUAUUCUUUUUGAGUAGCUCAAAUUAGACUUUAAUUGAUGUACCCAAAUGAUUUUACUUUUAAAUUAAAUUAAAACGACACAUUUUUAGAAUAUUA